UCCCCGACAACCGCCCGCCCGGUUGCAUCCCCUCCCUCUUCUCUAUGUGCUUCUGGUCCCUCCGAGGUGAAGUCCCUCGGAGUUCCUCUUCCACUGCCAAAAUUUUCCCCUACUCCGGUACUACCCGCUACUACUAGCGCUACUACUACUACUACCGUCACUAGUGACGCCACCACUACCACCACCGACACCACUACCACCAUCGCUAUACUUUUGCUAGGAGUAGCAGCAGCAGCAGCAACAGCAAUUCUCUGCAACCUCGCCCCCAUGCCAACUUCACUUCGCUCCACUCCAUUCCACUUCAUUCCACCUACCUACCUUCGUACCUACCUACCAGCUACCUACCUACCUACCUACCUACCUACCCACCUACCCUCUUUCCCGUUUCUGGAACGCUGCCACUGCUACUGCUGCUACCGCUACCACCCCUGUGGAGCGUAUAUAGAGUACUUUUUGCACACGCGGCAAUGUAAGCCUGAAAAUUGUAAAUGUGUUAGUGAGAUACUGGGGAAACCGACUGACUUGUAUUAUACCUACAAAUACUGGAUUUUCCAUGGAUUUUUGACGCGGUGCAGCUGGAUAUUGACAAUUCUGAGGCAAUGGUGGCUCCAAAGGGACGGAUGUUUAAUUGAAAUUUCGAGAAUUUGCCGAGUAGGGUGGAAAAACAUUUGAUAAGUGGUGAAAAUUAUUCGUAUUUACCAGGGUAAUCGUUGCCGUAACUUCUAUAAGCGUAUAAUUAUAUCUGCAUUCUAUUUUUGACUUUCUUGAGAAUUUUAGGGGUGGUUAUAGCGGGGCGGUUCAAAGGAUUGAUCAACGUUUAGAUGUUUUUUUAUUCAUCCGAGAUUUCAACGUAUGGAAAUAACUUUCGCCAAAGAUCGGGCCUGAAAAAAAAAAAAGAAAAUUGAAAGAAUUCGUUCGUCAUCUCUACGAGGUCGGAAUUUUACGAAUCCUCCAGAAUCUCGAUCCUUUCUCUUUUAAAUCGUUCCAAUUCACUCCGUUUCCAUUUUCAAUUCCAUACGACAAUUUUAAAGGGUAGUCGUACUUUUAAAAUCCCUAGAAAAAAAUUUAUCGUACGGAUACUACACCCCCGCAAUUAUUUUUCACAACAGAGAAAAAAAUGACAUGUCCUAGAAAUCUUCCCAUAGAAAAUAAAAGUUCAAUCGAUCGAAGCGAUUGUUCUAAAAUUUGUUUCGACGUAUAUCGCAACGUGCAUCGCGCGUCCUUGUCAUUUUCCGAUCUUGACCAAGAGGGAGGAGAGAAGGUUCUCGGUGUCGGGGGCCCGGAAUAUUCUAGGUCCGUUACUGGCACGUGUUAGAUUGGAGGUUUGCAGGCCGACCAGCGACGCAGCGUUGGCGGGGAUAGAUAGAUAGAUACCUUAGAACCAUUAGAGGGGGCGAUUUCGGAGGUGGAAAGAGGAGGGAGAGGGGGGCGCUGGGGGCAGGAGGUGGCGGCGGCGGCGGAGGAGGAAGAACUGGGUAGCCGGGGCAACGCAACGUUACGCGCGAACUCAAGUUCGGCAAUCCUGGCCUUAGGCAAUCGGCACUCCCUCCCUCCCUCCAGCCCUCCGCCAUACCCGCCCCUCUACAUCACUUCUGUAGCUCUCUCUCCGCGAGUGUUCAUCCCCUCCUCCUCCUCUUCCUAUCUUCCUCUCGCUCUUUCGCUCUGUCGCUCUCUUCAUUCGACGAACAAGCGCCCCACGCAAGCACACCAAUACUAUCUUUGAAAAAGAAAAGAAACAAAAAAAAAAAAAAAAGUCAAACAAUAAAAUGAAAAAAGAAAAGGAAGAAAAAAAAAAAAUCACUCACCACUCUUGCAAACAUAGCACCUAGUAGGAUUUCGAGCUAACCGCAUUUGCAACGGCUUCGAUGACCCACAUACAUUCUUUCUUCCUUUCAUUCUUUCCUAUGUAUAUAAUUCAACAUUUUUAGCGUACAUGGAAUAUUUAUGAAAAUUUUCAUCGAUCCUACCGAUACCGAUACGCGAUCGAUCCGUCGAUCCGUCGAUCUUCGACUUUUACCACCGGUACAAUUUGUAUUCUACUCCCUCGUGUAUUCAUCUAAUACGAAAACUUUUCCUUUCCUAUAUUCCACGUGUGCGUCCAUUCUCACAUGUGAUUGCGCCCGAGCGAUAACGAUCGAUUGCCAAUUUUCACCUGUACGCAGAUAAAGAUCGAUAAAAUGUCUGCGAUCCGACGAGCCUCGUUUUACGGAGGAUUUAAUGACAGGGCAUCUGGAGGAGCAGUUGCAGGGCACGGACACGAUCAGGAAGAGAGGUCCUUACUCGAGGGUGGCAGUGACAGGGGUGGUGGCGAAAGUCACGGCGGGGGUGGGCCAAGGGGUGGCGUCAUGGACUCUAAUCAACAACAAUUCUGUCUGAAGUGGAACAGCUUUGGUAGUAAUUUGGCCACAGCAUUUUCAAACCUCUUCAAAAGCGAGAGUCUUACGGAUGUCACCCUAUUCUGCGAGGGUGUGACGUUCAAGGCGCAUAGAUUGAUUCUAGCAGCAUGUAGCAAACAUUUUCAAGAGUUAUUCGAGGGUAUGCCUCCGUCGCCGGCGGGUUUAAUCGUCAUCUUGGACGGUACCAGCGCCCAAAAUAUGGCGGCACUUCUCGAAUUUAUGUACCGCGGCGAGGUUCACGUAUCCCAGGAAUCAUUGAGCUCGUUUCUGAAGGCCGCGGAAUGUCUGCAAGUCAAAGGUCUCUCAAUAGAACACGAAAAAUUGGCGGUCGCGCAAAGGCACGCCGCCGAGAGCAACAAUUCGCCCGACGGCGGUGCCGCGGGCGGAGGAACAGGCGCUGGCGCCGGAUCGGGGGGUAGCGUUAGAAAGAAGUCACCGACGCCCGUCCCGACGCCCUCGACGGCACCUACUUACACCGUACCCACAUCACACGCCACCACCCAACACUACUACGACAGUCCGCGGAAAAGGCUGAUGAGGUCACCGAGUGACGUCGACGCUUUAGGCCGAGCGAGUGUACUGAGGGAUGGAGCAGCGUUUCGUCCAGCCUCGGCGCCGCAUCCUCUUCUUUUAGACAGUUCUUUGCACUCACAUUUUCCCCACCCUACGGACCAACCUCCGCAUCCCCAUACGGCACCGCAUACGCCAACGGAACUUGAACAGGAACUGGAACGCGACCGCUCGGAGGAAAGAGGCAACGGCGAACACAGGGAUAACGGGGCUGAAGAUCUACGAAUAAAACAAGAACCCGGUGCGUUGACGGAUCGAGAAAGGGCGGAGAGGCUCGCGGAGCGUUCGUCGGGCGAAUCUUACGGCGGCGGCGGCGGCGGCGGCGGAGGCGGAGGCGGUGAAUCCGGGACGUACAACACCCCCGGGGACCACCUGGGCCACCAGGGUUGCGGCGGUCUCGCCCCCAUGCCACCGGCUCACCCACCCACACCGGACCUAAGCCCGGCGCCCACCACCCCCGCCAUGUGGAACUCGAAGAUCAACAAGGCAGGCACCGUAUCAACGCCAGACGGUAAAAAGCUCAAGUGUCCAUUCUGCGAACGGCUUUACGGUUACGAAACGAAUCUAAGGGCUCACAUAAGGCAACGUCAUCAAGGUAUAAGAGUACCGUGUCCAUUUUGUUCAAGGACAUUCACCAGGAACAAUACGGUACGACGACACAUCGCUAGGGAACAUAAAACCGAGUUAAGCCUGAAGGCGUACCAGCAAUCCAAUCACGCAGCUACGCAGUAGCUUAAAAAACAGUUGAAAAAAAAACCUUCGUUUGCAUUAACAUCAAUCUUACCGACAUCAACGGCAACGACGAAACGAACGAUAGAAGCACUCAGCAGCAGCAUCAGAAGCAGCGACGACACCAACAGCAGCAGCAACAACAACAACAACAACAACAACAACAUCAUCAUCGAGGCAUGACGAGUAUAACGCGAUCGUUGCAGUAGCUACCAAAAAUAUGAAAUCAGUAAGACAAGAAAGAAGAAAAUAAUCAUUUAAAACGAAAUCGACGUAAUAACAACGGCGAUUUCUUUUCCGUAUUUUGUACAUGUGCCGAAUGAGGUAAAAAACAAAAUCAGGUAUUUUGACACGAGGCCGAGAAAAUAUGGGAAAAGUUAUAACGCGAUACCAUAAAAGGGUUUCAAAAUGGACGCUUCACGUAUGCCAGAGCUCAAAUUUAACCAAACAGCGGGGCUGGUUUUCGCGGUUACCAAAGAUAUAAUACGUAUAUAAUGCAUACGUAUGUAAAAACAUAUAUAUAGUAUAUAUAUACAGAUAUAUACAUAAAAGUUAAUAAUUAAAAGAGCUGAUAUUGAUUUUAUAUAAAACUAUCGAUAUCGAUAUGGCACAUUGAAUAUCGAUGUAUAUUCUACGGUCUUCAAUACAUACCUGUUGUUUUAGCGUCCGAAGGAUUUAUACUCUGGAUUUUAUUUCGUUAAAAUAACAGUAGUAACAUUAACAACAAAAGAAAAACAAAAAUGUUCGAAUAAUUUCAGAGUUAUAUUCUUCAAAUUUUUACCCCCGAUAGUUUUUUUUCUCUUUUUUUUUAUCAAUUCAAACAUUUUUUCAUCUCCACACGUAUGCACACUCCCACACGCAUAUAUAUGAUGUAUAUAUGUAUAUUAUAUGAAAGAAUACGGAAUUGUUAUUAUUGCUGUUCGUCAUACGGCUAUGUACUGUAUGAUAUUCGAUGAUAUAUUACAGUUAUUGGUAGAACUACGAAAUGUGCAACAUGCGAAUUAUACGCGAUCAUCGUAAAAUACAGAGAAGGCUUACUAAAGAUUAGCUACGGAACAUCAUCGAGUUUUUGCAGAAAAUGGAAAAAUGAAAAGAAACAAAAAAAAUAUAUAUAAAUAAAAAAUGAAACAAAAAAAUCUCAAAAAAUAUGAAUCAUAAAUUGAAAAUUGAAAGAUUUAUAAAAGUAAUCUUUGUAACGACGUAAUAGAUGGGAUUGUGGACAAAAACGUAUGAAAAAUUUAAAAAAUUUGAAAAAAAAAAUUAAAAAGGAAAAAAAAAAGAAAAAAAAUUAAACUAAAUAAAAUAAAGUUAGCUUAUGAAAAAUCGAAUGGUUACGAAUGCUGAUUUGAUAACAAAACAAAACACAACAAACAAACAACAAAAUUGAUAAAAUUAACGAAAAUCCCGGCGAAUAUGUCUUACUCAAAGUGCAUAAUGUUAUGAAGGUUGCACAAACAACAAAAGAAAAAAAUUAUGUGUAAAUUACAACCAUGAUAACAUGAGGAAAAACGAAAUACUUAUACCUAAUUCAAAUGUAGGUACACGAACUUCAGAAGACGGUGGGUUAAUCAUUAUUGUUGUUAUAAAUUAUUAUUAUUAAUAUCAUUAUUAUUAUUAUCGUAAAUGUGAAAUAAAGCCUUGCUUUGAAACGACGUGAUAAUUGAUAAUUAAUUCAAUUAAUUAUUAUUUUGCGUAAAAUAGAAUGUUCAAAGCUUGGCAUUUAUUUUUCACAAGAAUACAAAAUUUAACGAUCUAUCCCAUCGCGAAAAUACAGGCAAUGAUAUACACAUAAGGGUGGACUAAAAAAACUUGACAGGAUUCCCGAUAUGCGGAAUAAAAAAAAAUCUUAAGAAAUAGAAACAUUAGAAUUGACGAUUCAAAAAUAUUGAUAGAAAUUCGAAUGAAAAUGUUGCCCAUCUAGAGCGGUUCAUAAAUAGUUCAGAAAGCCCAUCAGCCAACAGAUAAAGAAAAGUUGAAAAAAAAAUUCUUGACCUUGUCUGAUAAAAAUUUCAUAAAAUUUUGUUGAAACGCGUAUUUUAUUACACCUCUAAUUAUAUACAUGAAUAAAAAAAAAAAAAAAACACACAAAACUAGUCAAUGAAAGUGCAACGGUGAAGUAUCGAUUAUUAAUCUACGAAAAAACAAACGAAAAAUAUUUGAAAAAAUAGAAAAAAAAAAAUAGAAAGAAAUGAUGAAAUAAAA